CGAGUGACCGUCCCCGCCCCCGGCUCCCGUGGCUGGGUGCGGGAACUGUCAGCUGCGCUUCGCGGGGAGCUGCGAAGUCGGGUUUGCCUCCUCCCGGGUCUGCGCGCGAGUCCCGGAGCCCGGCACCCGGGAACCAGGUGGCGUCCCCGGCGGCAGAGCGCGCAGGGAUUUCCUCUGGGUCACCCAAAAUGCUUUUAAAACGUACUGGAUAAGAGCUGAACCACCUGCCUGCAUCGGACUUCCAUACUCUUGGCUGCACUGUCUUCUGAUUGGGUUUUGACUGCUUUAAGGCCAAGUGACCAGCUGCUCAUGAUGAGUGAUGAGAAGAACCUUAAUGUAUCCCAAAAAUUGGUCUCACCUUCAAGGAGCACAAGUAGCUGCUCCUCCAAGCACGGAAGUCGACAGGACAGCUGGGAGGUGGUGGAAGGACUGAGGGGGGAGAUGAAUUAUACUCAGGAGCCACCAGUCCAGAAAGGAUUUCUGCUGAAAAAGAGGAAAUGGCCCUUAAAAGGCUGGCACAAGAGAUUCUUCUAUCUGGACAGAGGAAUCUUGAAAUAUGCCAAGAGCCAAACUGAUAUAGAAAGAGAGAAGCUGCAUGGCUGCAUUGAUGUUGGGCUUUCAGUGAUGUCUGUAAAGAAGUCAUCAAAGUGCAUUGACCUUGACACCGAGGAGCACAUCUACCAUUUGAAGGUGAACUCAGAAGAAGUCUUUGAUGAGUGGGUGUCUAAACUCCGCCACCACAGAAUGUACCGGCAGAAUGAAAUCGCCAUGUUUCCACGCGAAGUUAACCACUUGUUCUCAGGGUCCACCAUCACGGACUCUGCAUCUGGAGUGUUUGACUCCAUUUCAAGUAGGCAGCGUAGCAGUAUAUCAAAGCAGAAUUCGUUUCAAACUGGAAGCAAUUUAUCAUUUUCUUGUGGUGGUGAGACACGAGUUCCAUUAUGGCUACAGUCUUCAGAGGACAUGGAAAAAUGCUCAAAAGACCUGGCCCACUGCCAUGCCUAUCUGAUGGAAAUGAGCCAGCUCCUGCAAAGUAUGGACGUCCUGCAUCGGACAUACUCAGCACCGGCUAUCAACGCCAUCCAGGGUGGAGCUUUUGAAAGUCCCAAAAAGGAAAAAAGAUCGCACAGGAGGUGGCGGUGCAGAGCUAUUGGUAAAGAUGCUAAAGGAACGCUGCAGGUGCCUAAACCUUUCUCUGGCCCAGUAAGACUGCACUCCUCCAACCCUAAUUUGUCAACACUAGAUUUUGGAGAAGAGAAAAAUUAUUCUAAUGGCUCUGAAACCUCAUCAGAGUUUUCUAAAAUGCAAGAAGAUCUGUGUCAUAUUGCCCAUAAAGUUUACUUCACUUUAAGGUCAGCUUUUAAUACCAUGUCAAUGGAGAGAGAGAAACUGAGGCAGCUGAUGGAGCAGGAUGCCUCCUCACCCCCUUCUGCUCAGGUCAUUGGUCUGAAGCAUGCACUGUCAUCCGCCCUAGCACAAAACACAGAUCUUAAAGACCGCUUACGCAGAAUCCAUGCAGAGUCUCUGCUCCUCGACACCCCUGCUGUUGCCAAGUCGGGUGACGGUCUGGCAGAGGAGAGCUCCAGAGAUGAAAACCGAGCUCUAGUUCAUCAGCUUUCCAAUGAAAGUAGACUCUCCAUCACUGACUCUCUUUCAGAGUUUUUUGAUGCACAGGAAGUCCUGUUAUCUCCGAGCUCUUCAGAAAAUGAGAUUUCUGAUGAUGAUUCAUAUGUCAGUGACAUAAGUGAUAAUCUUUCCCUAGACAAUCUCAGUAAUGAUUUAGAUAAUGAGAGACAGACCUUGGGGCCUGUUCUUAGAAGUGGCGGGGAAGCAAAGUCCACAAGAAGAACUUGCUUGCCGGCGCCCUGCCCCAACACCAGCAAUAUCAGCUUGUGGAAUAUUCUGAGGAACAACAUAGGAAAGGACCUGUCCAAAGUCGCCAUGCCCGUGGAGUUAAAUGAGCCGCUGAACACGCUGCAGAGGCUCUGCGAGGAGCUGGAGUACAGUGAGCUUCUGGACAAGGCUGCUCAGAUUCCGAAUCCCCUGGAAAGGAUGGUGUAUGUGGCAGCCUUUGCCGUAUCAGCAUAUGCAUCUAGCUACUUCCGAGCUGGGAGCAAGCCUUUUAAUCCGGUUCUUGGAGAAACGUAUGAGUGUAUUCGUGAGGACAAGGGCUUCCAGUUUUUUUCAGAACAGGUCAGCCACCAUCCACCUAUCUCUGCAUGUCAUGCUGAGUCUGAAAAUUUUGUUUUCUGGCAAGAUGUGAGAUGGAAAAACAAAUUCUGGGGCAAAUCCAUGGAAAUUGUUCCCAUUGGCACAACCCACGUGACUCUCCCAACUUUUGGAGAUCAUUUUGAGUGGAACAAAGUGACCUCUUGCAUCCACAACAUCUUAAGUGGUCAGAGGUGGAUUGAGCACUAUGGAGAGAUUGUCAUCAGAAACCUGAGUGAUGAUUCCUGCCACUGCAAAGUGAACUUUAUAAAGGCAAAAUACUGGAGCACUAACGCCCACGAGAUCGAAGGCACCGUGUUUGACAGGAGCGGGAAGGCCGUGCAUCGGCUGUUUGGGAAAUGGCACGAAAGCAUCUACUGUGGAGGCUCCUCCUCCUCCACCUGUGUCUGGAGAGCAAAUCCCAUGCCGAAAGGCUAUGAGCAGUAUUAUGGCUUCACACAGUUUGCACUCGAAUUAAAUGAAAUGGAUCCGUUGUCAAAGUCAUUAUUACCACCUACUGACACUCGAUUUAGGCCAGACCAAAGGUUUCUAGAAGAAGGGAACUUAGAAGAAGCUGAAAUGCAAAAGCAGAGGAUCGAACAGCUGCAGAGAGAAAGGCGCCGGGUCUUAGAAGAAAAUAACAUGGAGCACCAGCCUCGGUUUUUCAGGAAAUCCAGUGAUGACUCUUGGGUGAGCAACGGCACCUAUUUGGAACGUAGAAAAGAUCUUGGUUUUUCCAAACUGGACCAUCCCAUCUUGUGGUGAACAAGUAAAGAAGACAGAUACGUUCGUGUACGUCUCCCAUGUUUGCUUCCCGAAGCAGCAUAACCCGUGUCUAUAUAUUUAAAAGAUGUUACCUAGGAUGAUUCACUUGUACUUAGCUUACUUAGCGUUGUAAGAAUUUAAGUAUAUAUUUUCUUCAGUGGGUUUAUUUACAACUUCAGAUGCUAUCAUGAUUGUUUAUAUGAAUG